AUGGAAUGGCGAAUCUCGAUGCUGUGCAUUCUAAGGCCCACAAUCAAGUUUUCACUCAAGUUGAGCUCUAUGAUUUUGGCCUUGGUAACAGUGAUAUUAAUACUUUUGGCUCCGGUUGAACUACAACAACAAGAUGUGCAUCAUUGCUGGAAAGUCGAAGCAGAUUCACUUACAAACUCGGAGUUGGAAUGUCCAGGUGUCACUGCUAGAUUGCUAAAGCUGCCAGAUAAUGCCACUUUUGCCGACAUUCCCAUCGAAAUAACCGCUGCAUUUAAUCUCACCAUGGAAUUCUACACUUGGGCAAUCGAAAAGAAAUACUUUCCCAACCGAAUACAGACGGCGGAGGCAGCUCGAAGAUUCUGCGAAAAUGGACCAUGUUCAGAGGCUCCUGCUCCGGAAACUUGUUGCAUCUGGCGUUUCACAGUCAACACCUGUCCGGUUUCCAAGAACUUCACAAAUAGAACAUUCUGUGGGCCCUGGCUUCCAACUGACGGCGUUAUUGUCGGCCACAAUAGGCCGCAAUUUGGACUGGCAUCUCGAUCUCUGUGGAAUGCUACCAUACCAGAAUUAAUUUUGCCUGGGAAUACAGUAAUUUUGGUGACAUUCUUCAUUGGACUGCUGAAGAUAUCUACCAAUACAACAUUAUUUUCCGUUUUACGGGCAGUUUGUGGUGAUGGAGCAUGCGAUCCAAGUCAGAACGAGACGUGUGUUACCUGCCCGAAAGACUGUGGCGCCUGCAGUCUUGAAGCCCGAGUCGGUGGUGCAAUCAUUGCAGUGGUCUUUCUAAUCAUCAUGGGCACUGGAGCUAUUGUUGAAAACAACAACCAGAAGACCUCCCAUGCAAUUCUUGAAGAAAGUGGAGAUAAUUCCGACGAGGAAGAAGAGGGAAAACCUUUUAUCUAUGGCAAAAUUGGGGAUACGCUUGUCUCCGUAAAAUACGUUGAGCGUGAACAAUUUCUUCUGACAAAGAACAUUAGAAAGGAGAUCAAGGCAAUGCGGCAACUGAGUCAUAGGAAUUUGUGUCAACUAGUUGGAAUUUGUCUGGAACCUCCUGAACUUGCAAUCUACAUGGAAUAUUGCCCAAAACGAAGUCUUCGGGAUGUGUGUCACAACGAGGUGAUGCCUUCCAGUUGGGCCUUCAAACUCUCUUUGAUUCAAGAUAUCAUCUGCGGCGUUGAAUUUCUUCAUGCUCAUGGCUUCAUUCAUGGACGUCUGAAUUCACAAAACUGCGUUGUCGAUGACCGUUUGACUUGCAAGAUCACUGAUUUUGGGCUGGAAUCCAUCCGCUAUAACAAACCGGAGGAAAAGCUGGAAACCUUUCUAGAGGAUCCCAGAAAUUGGGCAUUUAUUGCACCGGAGUAUCGGGGUAAUGCACCUGCUCCGCCGAAUAUUCACAUGGACUCGUUCAGCUAUGGAACGAUUAUGUGUGAGGUAGCCCAGUCCCGUGAAGACCCAGAAGAUUUCAACGCGCCUGACCUGACAGAAGGCGAAAGACAGGAACUGAUGGUCCAAUGGUGGGACUACCCUCUACCAAAUGUGGAUGCAUUUGAAGGUUGCGCUGAUGACAGCACCCCAAAUAUGACUGAAUACAUUAACCUUAUCAGAUUGUGCUGGAGUCCAGUUGAUGUUAGACCCGCUUUUGACGUCAUCAGAGCAAAGAUGGACCUUAUCAACCCAAGAAGGAAAAACCCAAUUGACAUUAUUCUCAGUCUUAUGGAAAAAUAUUCGGCACAUCUUGAAAGCAUUGUCAGUGAAAGGACACAAGACCUCAUCGCAGAGAAACAACGCACAGACGAAUUGCUGCACAGUAUGCUUCCAAAGACAAUCGCAAAUCAACUGCGCAGUGGGCAGGCGGUUCCAGCCGAGGCCUACUCCUCCUGUACCAUAUACUUUAGCGACAUUGUUGGCUUUACCAACAUCUCCUCGGAUUCAACGCCCUUUCAGGUUGUUGCACUGCUUAACAAACUCUACAGCGAGUUUGACCAAAUCAUUGACCGAUAUGACGUCUACAAAGUGGAGACCAUCGGAGACGCUUACAUGGUAGCCUCCGGAGUUCCGAGAAGGAAUGGUCAACGGCAUGCAGUGUCUAUAACGGAUAUGGCACUGGAUUUGGUCGAGGUCUCGCACUCCUUUAUCAUCCCCCAUAUGCCAAAUGAACCACUUAAAAUUCGAGUCGGCUUACAUUCAGGACCUGUUUGUGCGGGUGUUGUUGGCUUGAAAAUGCCGCGGUACUGCUUGUUUGGGGACACUGUCAACACAGCAAGUCGGAUGGAGAGCAACGGAGAGGCGUACAAAAUUCAUUGCAGUGAUGCCACACAUGACAUACUAAGUACACUUGGUGGCUUUCACUUCGAGGAAAGGGGAACAAUUGAGGUCAAGGGUAAGGGAACAAUGCGCACAUGGUGGGUGACAGGUCGAACUCGGCCACCGAUACCGCCCGACUGCUGUCCGAUACCCAUCCGACGUACAAAAAAAACGAAAGUUCCAACACCCAGACGACCCUCUCGCACACCGCCCAAAGCCUGCACUUCAGCCGUGCAGUCCCCCACUAAGGGCAAUCCAGCGAUUGAAAUAAUUGAGUCGGAGUUGAUGGUGGACCAGAAGAUUAGGAGUACAAAACCGGGAGCACCACUGAUAGACAGUCUUGACAAGAAGGUGAAAGCUUCCCUGGCGCCUCCUCCAGUCCCCCACCUGUGA